AUGCCUGGAAGAGCUGCAAAAAACUCGGAAUUAGCCAGAUUGUAUGGCCUUGCGAAAAAAGGAACACUUUUAAAUCGAGUAAGUUUACAAUGAUGACUUGAAAAAAACGAAAGUAAACUGUUUUUUUUAGAUCGAUCUAUUGAAAAAGUUAAUCCAAAUUCCCAAAUAUCAAUCAGAAAAAAUGUUGUCAAGGAAAGAUUUUCAAGAAAUCUUCGGCAAUUAUGGCGAUGUAAGUUUUCUAAAAUAAUAGUCAACUUGAAAUAACCACAUGUUUUUGCAGACUAUAAAAUUUGAAAUUUAUGCAAUUUUUUUGAACGAGUGGCUGAAAGAAGAUUUGGAAAGAAUUGCGCGAAAAGGACAAGAAAUUGGUUAUAAUACCUCACGAUUUCUUGUUUCUAAAUUCAACCUAAACCCAAUUGCUGUUGUUUCCACCAUGAACAAAAUGCGAAAAUCAAUGCGAAUUAAAACAAAAAACAAAAUAACGCAUUUCAACUUCAAGGAAACCGAGAAAGUGAGUGAGAGAAUACAUGAAAAACAAAAAAAAAUAAUUUUUGUAGAAUCUACGAGCUCUGGUCGAACACGACCAUAUUCAAUGUCUCCGACUUGCAUUAAUGCAAGUCGCAGAAAGAAACAAAUACGUCUUGACCAGACCAAAAGACCAGUUUGAGUCAAUUUUUAUGAGGUAAGUGUUUUUGUUUUGAAAAAAAUCAAAUACAUAUUGUUGAUAUAAAUUUUUUGCAGCUAUUUGAAGUCGAAAAACUUGAGCCGGUCCUCGGCUGAGGAUUUACUAAGAGAUCGAACAAUUUUUCUUGAAACUUUGAAAAAUCCGCGGUCUUGA